AUGACCUUGAACGAGAAAGUUAUAGAUAUUGAUAACGUAGUCGUCCACGGGCCCUAUGUAGUUAAUUUGGCUAAUACCUCCCGGGAAGAAAUUUUCCAUUGGUCAGUUGAGUUCCUAAAAAAGGAGGUUGCUCGAAUGGAAGAAAUAGGCUUAAAAACUCUUGUCCUUCAUCCCGGGAGUGCGAUUAAUACUCCAACUGAGGAGGCACUAACCCAAGUAGUUAAAGGAAUUAACCUGGUGCUGGAAAAAAGUUCCACAGUCCGUAUUGCCCUAGAAACCAUGUGUGGCCGUGGCAGUGAAAUCGAGUGGAACGAAAAGAACGAGUCGGGGUUUGCUGAGAUACUUGCCACUUAUACACGGCUGGUUAUGACAUCAAAAAUAAUCUGGAAGCGUUUAAACGAAUUAGGAGCCAAAAUUGAUCGUCAUGAAAAUAUUGGUUAUGGGAAAAUUGGAUUUGAUGCCUUAAAAAGAAUAGUUUAUCACCCUAAGUUUGACGGAAAGAUUAAGUUAUUAGAAACGCCGCGCAAGCGAGAAGAAUUUCAGGAAGAAAUAAGAUUAUUGAAAA